AUGGCAUUGAGGCGGGCUCCAAAGUUCUUGGCCAUUUUGGCAGAACUGGAGAUUAUACUCGUUCUCAGUCUCUCUUCCUUCAUUAAGAAUGAUCCAGUGGGAGAAGUUGCUUGCCGUACGAGGCCGAUUGACCGGAGCCGGGAUGAGGUGGCGGCGUAUCGGAGGAUGCGGGAUAUUACGGUCGAGGGCCGGGAUGUGCCGAAGCCCAUUAGGUUUUUCACCGAGGCCAAUUUCCCAGAGUACUGUCUUGAGGCUAUAUCAAAAUGUGGAUUUGUUGAGCCAACACCUAUCCAGUCUCAAGGAUGGCCUAUGGCUCUGAAGGGAAGAGACUUAGUUGGUAUUGCGGAGACUGGUUCUGGAAAAACAUUGGCAUAUCUUUUGCCGGCACUGGUGCAUGUGAAUGCGCAGCCACGAUUAGCUUAUGGUGAUGGCCCAAUCAUACUGAUCUUAGCACCUACUAGGGAAUUGGCCGUGCAGAUACAGGAAGAAGCAAAAAAAUUUGGUUCACAUUCAAAUGUUAGAAGUACAUGCAUCUAUGGAGGAGCACCAAAAGGUCCACAGAUUCGUGAUCUUAAAAAAGGGGUUGAGAUUGUCAUAGCAACACCUGGUCGGUUGAUUGAUAUGUUGGAAGCUUGCCAUACAAAUUUACGCAGAGUAACAUAUCUCGUUUUGGAUGAAGCCGACCGUAUGCUGGACAUGGGAUUUGAGCCCCAGAUUCGGAAAAUUGUCUCACAAAUACGCCCUGAUAGACAGACAUUGUAUUGGAGUGCCACAUGGCCCAGAGAGGUCGAGAGUCUGGCAAGGCAGUUUUUGCACAAUCCGUACAAGGUAACCAUUGGAUCUCCUGAACUGAAAGCCAAUCAAUCAAUAAACCAGAUUGUCGAAGUCAUGUCGGACCAUGAAAAGUAUCCCAGGCUGGUGAAGCUGUUGGGGGAGUUGAUGGAUGGCAGCAGGAUAUUGGUAUUUCUCGAGACAAAGAGAGGAUGUGACCAAGUAACUCGACAGCUUAGAAUGGAUGGAUGGCCUGCUCUCUCUAUUCAUGGUGAUAAAGCGCAAGCAGAAAGAGAUUGGGUUCUGGCAGAAUUUAAAAGUGGCAACAGUCCAAUAAUGACUGCCACUGAUGUAGCUGCACGUGGUCUUGAUGUGAAGGACAUAAAAUGUGUGAUCAAUUAUGAUUUCCCAUCAUGCCUUGAGGAUUAUGUUCACAGGAUUGGACGGACUGGGCGUGCUGGUGCUAAAGGAACUGCUUUCACCUUCUUCACUCUUUCAAAUGCAAGGUAUUCCAAGAGUCUCAUCAAGAUUCUUCAGGAAGCUGGGCAGAGUGUCAGUCCUGCACUGGCUGCAUUGGCUAGAUCAUCUGGCACCACGGGAGGUUCCGGUGUUAAUUUCCGAUCAAGGGGACGAGGAGGAGGACGAGGAGGAUUUGGCAAUAGGGUAUCUGGUUCCAAUACAAUUCCAAUUGCACGAGGAGGUAAAAGGUGGUAAAAGAACCUUACCAUACUUUGGCUUCUCUGUUUGGGGAAUUCUGGUGCUUAUGUACUUUGGGCUUGUAAUCACCAAUUCAUUGGAAAUGGUCGUAUUAUAUUUUGAGUAUAUUAUUGCCACAAUAGAAUUUAAUUUAUUUCAAUGGAUGGAUGAAAUAGACUGCAUCGGUGGGAUCAUUUUUAUAUGUGAGAUCCGCGAAUUAUUGUGCAUUUUUUGAAACUAAUUUCAUAUCUUAGACUAGUUAUGUUUGACUAAUUGAAUGCUGCUGCUUUGUUCCACUGUUUA